CCGGGGCUCUAUGCGGAAGGACCGGUGCCCAGGUCACCCAGGAGCGCUCACCCCACCGGCACCCUUGCCCAAGCCCACCCCUGCGAAGACAGGCAAGGCCAGGCGGGUGCUGCCUGGGACCCAGUGACUCAGCACCCCCGCCCAGAUCAACUGGACUUUUGGCCCCUGCUCCGCCAGCCUCCCGCUCGGAUCUCUCCUGGGUCUUACGCCGGUGCCUGCCCAGGAUGCAGGGAGCUUGGGCUCCCAGGGACCAGGGCCAGUCCCACAGCAGGAUGGGUGCUCUGAACCGGCCCUCGGUCAUCCUGCUCACCUAUGUGCUGGCCACCAUCGAGUUUACUUGCCUCUUCAUGCAGUUCUCCAUCAUGCCAUACCUGUCUCGGAAUCUGGGCCUGGAUUCCAUUGCCUUCGGCUACCUGCAGACUAUCUUCGGGGUGCUGCAGCUGCUGUGUGGGCCGGUGUUUGGCAGAUUCGCAGACCAGCACGGGGCACGGGCGGCGCUCACCCUCUCCUUCCUGUCAGCCUUGACGCUCUACCUGCUCCUGGUGGCCGCCUCCAGCCCAGCCCUGCCUGGGGUCUACCUGCUCUUCGCCUCCCGCCUGCCCGGAGCACUCAUGCACACGAUGCCAGUCGCCCAGAUGGUCAUCACCGACCUGUUGGCACCUGAGGAACGGCCCAAGGCCCUGGGCCGGCUCGGCCUCUGCUUCGGCGUCGGCGUCAUCCUCGGCUCCCUGCUGGGUGGGACCCUGAUCUCUGCGUAUGGGAUUCAGUGCCCGGCCAUCCUGGCUGCCCUGGCCACCCUCCUGGGAGCUGUCCUCAGCUUCACCUGCAUCCCCGCCAGCACCAAAGGGGCCAGAACAGACGCCCAGGCUCCACCACCAGGCAGCCCCCGGGCCAGCGUGUUUGACCUGAAGGCCAUUGGCAGCCUACUGCGGCUGCCAGACGUCCCAAGGAUCUUCCUGGUGAAGGUGGCCUCCACCUUCCCCUCGGGGCUCUUCAUGAUCAUGUUCUCCAUCAUCUCCAUGGACUUCUUCCAGCUGGAGGCUGCCCAGGCUGGCUACCUCAUGUCCUUCUUCGGGCUCCUCCAGAUGGUGACCCAGGGCCUGGUCAUCGGGUGGCUGAGCAGCCACUUCUCAGAGGAGGCGCUGCUCCGUGCCAGUGUGCUGGUCUUCAUCGCGGUGGGCCUGGCCAUGGCCUCGAUGUCCAGCGUCUUCCACUUCUGCCUCCUGGUGCCCGGCCUGGUGUUCAGCAUGUGUUCCCUCAACGUGGUCACCGACAGCAUGCUGACCAAGGCCGUCUCCAGCUCGGACACGGGGACCAUGCUGGGCCUCUGCGCCUCUGUGCAGCCGCUGCUUCGAACCCUGGGACCCACCCUCGGUGGCCUCCUGUACCGCAGCUUCGGCGUCCCCAUCUUUGGCCACGUGCAGAUUGUAGUCAAUACCCUUGUCCUCCUGCUCCUCUGGAGAAAGCCCAUGCCCCAGAGGAAGGACAAAGUCCGGUGACCGCUGCCCAGACACAGACUGGCAAUAAACUCCUAAUAAACCCCUCCGA